AUGCGCUACGCCGUCUCAGCCGCUGUCGCCCUCCCCGCCUUGGCUUCGGCCUACCAACUCCCUCCCAAGCUGAGAGCCAUCUAUGAUGCCCACAAGAACGGCAGCUGCUCCUCGCCGCUGUCGAGUCCCAUGACCAACGGCACCGUCUACUGCGGCGACCUGGCCAACGCCAUCUUCCUCAAGAGCAGCGAUGGAUACGACGACAUGGACAUUGACUGCGACGGGGCGAAUAACUCUACUGGCGACUGUGCCAACGACCCCACUGGCCAGGGGCAGACGGCUUUCAUGGAUGAGGUUUCGCAGUUUGGCAUCCCGGACUUGGAUACCCAUAUCCAUCCCUACGUGGUGUUUGGCAACGUCGACGGCUCGCCGACUUUUGUCCCGCAAGACCGCGGCAUGCGGCCGCUCAGCGUCAUGGCUGUUGUCUGCGACAAUCAGCUGUUCUACGGUGUCUGGGGCGACAUCAACGGAGGAAACUUGACGGGCGAGGCGUCCAUUUCCCUAGGCAAGUUGUGCUUCCCCAAGGAAGGCCUCAGUGGCAACAAGGGCCACGAUACCAAGGAUACAUUAUAUAUUGGGUUCCCCGGGGACAAGGCGGUCAUUGGCAAGGACGGUGCCAACUGGCGGGCGAACAGCACCCUGAGCUUCAUGGAUAGCAUCAAGACUUUGGGGGAUGAGCUUGUCGCAGGGUUGCCAGGUUCAGAUAAACGUAUCCGAUGCGGCUUCACAGAAGAGCAGUAG